CCGGGGUUUCGGUGAAACUCGUGUGACCUUGUAACGAUGGGUCGUAAAUUUUGGAUAGUUGCAAUUCUUGUUCCCAUCCUUUGCUGCUUUCUUUUGAAAUACCAAGAUGCUGAUUUUAUAUUGAUGAUGUACGAGAUUAUCGGCCAAGAUCCUGCAACUGCAUUGCGAGGGAAAGUUGUUUGGAUCACCGGUGCUUCGAGUGGGAUCGGUGAAUAUUUAGCUUAUGAACUGGCUAAAUACGGCUGUAAACUAGUUCUUUCUGCACGGAGGAAAACAGAGUUGGAGAGAGUUAAGGAAAACUGUGCAGCAAUUGCCACUGGUCUUAAUUCUUCAUUUGAAAAAGAUCAAGAUAUUCUUGUACUUCCACUAGAUUUGCUAAAACAUGACACUCAUGGCAAUUUGACUCAAGAUGUCCUUAAGCAUUUUGGAAAGGUUGAUAUUUUGGUUAACAAUGGAGGUCGUUUCCAAAAAUCUUGGAUAAGAAAAACUCCAUUAGAGGUGGACAAGGCUGUUUUUGAUUUAAAUGUUUUUGGUACCAUCUCUUUGACCAAAGCAGUUCUUCCACAUAUGAUUGAAUGGAAACAAGGACAGAUUGUGGUGGUUAGCAGUGUCUUGGGAAAGAUGGGGGUUCCUCAUUCAGUGGUGUAUUGUGCUACAAAACAUGCCUUGCAGGGUUACUUUGAUGGGGUACGUAUUGAGCUGGCGCAGCACAACAUCCAUGUACAGACUGUCCUUCCAGGGCCAGUAGAGUCGCAAGUUGCUAAUAAGGCUUUUACAGAGGACAUCAACAUUGAGUACAAAGACUCACCAGAGUUUAUCAAGAUAGACUUUCCAGUAAUGCCGACUGAACGCUGUGCAAGACUUAUGGCGAUUGGGAUGGCAAACAACUUGGAUGAAAUAUGGAUCUCACAGAACCCAAUGCUGUUAGCGACUUACAUGAGACAGUACUUCCCCAACCUGUUUAAUUGGAUCAUAAAAGCCGCAAUGGAUAGAAUGAUGACUUCCUACGAGGCAAAGUUAUCAUCGGAAAGGCACAAGCGACGAGCUCAGGAGACGUGACGGAAAAGAAGAAAAUUGUGCUCCCCUGGAAAAUCUUAGCAGUUUCUACUGCGAGAAAAGUCUGUCAGUAAAAAUUGAAGCGCUGUUCUUAGAAUUGAAAUGCCAGAUACUGGAAGAUUGAAACAUCAGUAUUUGAACAAGUAGGCUAGUAGGGCGUGAUACUAGAUAGAUCUUUUAGAAGUUCUCUCCAGACUUUUUCAUGCUUAUUCACAGUAGCCGGUCGCCAAUUAGACUUCCAAAUACCCGAUUUUUUAUCCUAGCGUAUGCAAACGGUUGCCAUAUAUAACUUCGUAAUGGGCCUUGCUCACAUAGAGUGUCUGUGGCUCAGAGGUAGACCAUCGGAGCGUGGAAUCCGAAGGUCUGAUGUUCGAUUCCUCAUAGGGACUCAGAAUUUUUUCCUAGUCCCACGCUCGUGACAAGACGAAAACAUUUUUUUCUAUUUCUUUACCGAGCUCAAAACUAAUAAUAUUUCUUAUUCUAUUUACAAAACAUGAUGCUAUCGACAUUGCUGAUCCUGUCUGCAGGAUGGGUGUCAGAUACGAACCUCUUUCUUAUUAUUUUUACACCCAAUCCUUGUGUUCUGGAUAGAAUUUUAAUUUAAGGUUACUUUCAAAACAAUUCAAGACUAGACCUGAAAAAUUGAUAUUACACGAAAAGUGUUUAAUUAAGAAUUGUAUCUGGUGUGAAAAGGUAAACAUGAGCUUUCUCCGGGCUCGUCGCGUAAGUGACGAUUGUGGACCAAUUAAAUUCCACUCUUCAUACAAAGUCGGACUAAAGGACAUUUUUCAAUCAUUUUUUAUAGCACUGCUUUUAAAUACGAAAUAGCCUUUAACCUUUUUUCCUCGGAGAAUAGAGUUAGGGGUUUAUUGAACAUAUAAUGACCCCUUUCCAACUGACAGGACAGGUGCCUCCUGAUCGUCAGAUUCCUUUGGAGAUGCUUAUGAAACGGGGCCUUUCCUCCUUCGUUGACCCUUGGUGGUAAAGGCUUUAUGUUCAUCGUUCUGUCAAGAUCCUUCGAUCGGUCUUAUUGAGAUUGGGACUAUAUUUUCUGGA